AUGUAUUUCAUUCAUAGAAUAACUCAUCAUCAAACAAGUUGUCCAACAAUGAGUUUAAGAUGUGAUCGAUCUGUUCAAUCACGACCGAAACGAUUAAAUUUAAUCGAUAUUUUAUCUUUAAAAUUGAUUUCUAGAUCAAUUUUUCCACGUAAUCAAGCUUAUGCACCGAUGCCAUCAGCGGCUCAUCGUACAUUAACUGGUGUUUCACAUCCAUCGAAUGUUCAUAAACAACAAGAACAAUAUGGUGAUGAAAAUGCUGUACCAGAAAAUUAUUCAAUCAAACAAGCAUGCGAAUUAGAUCAAAAUAAAGUAUUAAAUGUCGUUCGACCAACAAAGUGUACUCAACGACAAACAAUACGUAUUCUCGAUUUAUUUGAUGAUAAAAGUAAUACAAUGGUACCUUCAACAGAAAAUACAAAUGAAGCAAUAGCAAAAUCUCAAAUGCCACCACCAUCCAAUGAAUUUUGCUUUACUCAUUCGACUACAGUCUUAGCGAUAAAUGAUGAAAUUACUCGAUCAUCACAUCGUUUACCACAUCAUAUUUAUAAUAAUCAUCAUAGUCAACAACAAUUACCAACGUCCAUGAUAAAACGAACACAAACACAAAUUUUAAGUGCAAAAUUAGAUAAUAAAUCAUUUGAUCAUGAUAUACAAAUAAGAAUAUGUGAAUUGAAAUAUUCAGUAAUAGGACAAGAAUUUAUGGAACAAUUAGAACGUCUUCGUUCAAUUGAUGAUUCCGAUUUAUUUACAAUUAAAAUAUCUAAUUUGUUUGAUGUAGCUAUACAAAGAAUUGAAAAAAUUAUUAGUAUGCUUCAUAUUUUAUUGUAUUUAUUUGUGUUCGUUAUUUUUUCUGUAUUUUUGUAG